AUGUCUGACGGACGCGUUGCCACGCUUCCCACUUUGUUAUUCCAGCACCCUGGCCAUGCGUUUGCGCAGCUCCUCCGGUUUCUCGUGGAAUUCUCGAUGGUACUAUGCCGGAUAAAGGACGUGGUGUACGGUCAGGAGCGUAAAGCCCUGGCCUUCGAGAUGACAUUUGUAGCUUGUACCUUUCUCUCCACGCUCGGGCUCUUUGCCGCAGCUUACUACAAUCCUAAGGUUGGGCGAUCAGUGCACUAUUUCGCGAUUGCGAUUCUUGUUUUCUCGUGGGGCCUCACCAUUACUGUCAUAUUUGAGGUCAUUGACGACACUCUUGCAUGCUUUUCUGGACUGUCCGGACGCACUGACGCCGCGUUCUGCUUCGUGGCACAGGGACGGACUAGACGACAGAGGAUGGUGAUGUAUUGGAUUCAGUUUCAUAAUCUAUUUUUUCAGGCAAUCCUGGACGUGCUAGGAUCUCUCCAAACUGAGAGAUUUGCAUACGGAUACGACUACGACGUCGCCCUAUAG